CUUCACUGUUUUUUCUACCAUUCAGUGUUUCAUCUACCUCUUCAUUGUUUCAUCUACCUCUUCAUUGUUCCAUCUACCUCUUCAUUGUUUCAUCUACCUCUUCAUUGUUCCAUCUACCGCUUCAUUGUUUCAUCUACCUCUUGACUGUUUCAUCUACCUCUUCAUUGUUUCAUCUACCUCUUCAUUGUUUCAUCUACCUCUUCAUUGUUUCAUCUACCUCUUCAUUGUUCCAUCUACCUCUUCAUUGUUUCAUCUACCCCUUCAUUGUUUCAUCUACCUCUUCAUUGUUCCAUCUACCGCUUCAUUGUUUCAUCUACCUCUUGACUGUUUCAUCUACCUCUUCAUUGUUUCAUCUACCUCUUCAUUGUUUCAUCUACCUCUUCAUUGCUUCAUCUACCUCUUCAUUGUUCCAUCUACCGCUUCAUUAAUUCAUCUACCUCUUGACUGUUUCAUCUACCUCUUCAUUGUUUCAUCUACCUCUUCAUUGUUUCAUCUACCUCUUCAUUGUUUCAUCUACUUCUUCAUUGUUUCAUCUACCUCUUUAUUGUUUCAUCUACCUCUUCAUUGUUUCAUCUAUCUCUUCAUUGUUUCAUCUACCUCUUCA